AUGGGCGUUAGGUUAGGGUUGCAGCAGGAGUGUGACGACAAGUGGACGUCCCUGCUUGAGAGCCACUUCAGCCAAUCUGCUGACCAGGUGCGGCUGCUGGGAGCAGUGGUUUCCACCUUCUACUUCCAAACGCCAAACAGCACCCUCGAUCAGCCCACGUUCUCCUCAUUGGUGAAUAAGACGGACUACGCCCGCCCGCUGGUGUUUGCCGUCUCGUUUGCCUUGCGGGUGACUGAGGCUGAGCGGGCGGCGUUUGAGAAACAGCAGCAGCAGCAGCUAAGGGACCCUGAUUACUGCAUCAGGCACGGCAGCGUGUGUGCGGGCAGCCAGCCGGAAUACGCCCCCAUCGUGCUCACCAGCGCAUCGGCCUCCAUGAUUGGCCAGGGCCUGCUGGGGCGCUCCUACCCCCUUGACCACCCGUUGACUGCCGUUGACCCCGUUGACCAGCUGGCGUUGCAGGAAUUUCUGGCGUGGGACGUCUGGCCAUCAACAAUAGAGGCGGUGACACGAGCGCGGGACGAUGGAGUGAUGGGGGCACUCGCUCCGCCCUUCCGCUUGAACCUCUCUCUCCCCGCCACCAACCAGCCCAUCUCGCGCGGCCUCUUUAUAGUCUUCCCCGUUUACCGCACGCCCGACCCGCUCCCGGAUGGUUUGUCUUCUAGCGAGUACCGGGCGGCGUGCCUCGGCUACAUGACGGCGAUCAUGGACUUUGAACCCAUGUGGGAUGCGAUGCUGCAGGAGUACCACGGCUUGGCCCUGCCCAUGUUUGCACGCAUUUACGACGUCACCGGGAGCAGCGGGGAGAAGGGGAGGCGGGCGGGGGAGGUGAUAUACGAGCCUAAAGGACAAGAGUUGCCGCCCGGGCAGGAGGACUCGUAUGCGCAUGUGAACGUGGUGAAUCUGGGGGACAAGUACCGCGAAUACGAGAUGCGGUGCAGGUACAACACAACCUAUGUAUUUCCCGCGGCGAGUGCAGGGUGGGCCAUCCUCGUUAUAGUGGUGAUGGGCCUCGCAGCGUACGUGUACUGGGCGGCGUGUGAGCGCGUGCAGCAGCUGGAGAGGGAUUACCAGCGGUUGGAAGCGGUGAAGAACCGCAUGAAAGCGGCCAAGAGGGUUGCGGAGCGGGCGAGUAAAGCCAAGGGGCUGUUUCUCACCACUAUGAGCCAUGAGCUGCGCACGCCGCUGAAUGGCGUCAUAGGCAUGCUCAACUUACUACUGGAGACGCCGCCCACGGUGACCCAACUAGACUACGUGGAGACGGCUCGCACGAGUGGACGAGCGCUGCUGGAGCUCAUCACUGAUAUCCUCGACCUCUCCAAGAUUGAGGCGCAGAAGAUGCAGCUGGAGCACAUACCAAUGGACGUGAGGGGCGAGGUGGACACGGUGCUCACCAUGUUCAUCGAGCGCUUCCGAGACAAGCCGCUGCUGCAGGUGGCAGCAUACGUCGACCCGCUCGUGCCAGCAUCUGUACUUGGCGACUCGCUGCGCUUCCGCCAGGUGCUGAUCAACCUGCUGUCCAACGCGUGCAAGUACACCGAACGUGGACACAUCUUCAUCGCCAUCCGCACGGCCGACAUCCACGAGGACCUUCGGCGAGACGCGACUCGAACCCACCUCAGUGCAUCACACAGCACUCAAAUCACGCACAGCACGCGCAGCACGCACACGACCACUGGCACUGGACCGCCAAGUCACGGCAUAUUCGGUGGGCUUUUUGGACAAACGGCAGUCUCCAGCCAUGGGUCGACAAAAGAGGCAAGGGACGGGACGUUCAAGCACGGGCUGUUGCGGCUAUGGGCCCUCUUUACAGGUGCGAACAGCGCCGGUGGCAGGGAUUGGGAUGGGAAUGGCCGUACUGAUAGUGGUGAGGGUGGUGGUGCAGUGCAAAGGGGGGAGGGAGAGUGGCAGUUAGCCCGAGUGAGUGGCAGGCAGGGAGAUGGUUUGGCAGCCGGUGCGUGUUACCCCGGGUCUGCCAGUGCCAGUGCCAUGCCUACCACCACCACUACUACUGUCUCCUUCCGCCCUGCUAGGCUGCUCUCGCGUACCAAGAGCGGCAGGACCCGCGCUGCUGCUGCAAAGGGAGCUGCUGCUGCUGGGGGGGGUGCUUCUGCUGGGGAAGGUGCUGCUGCUGCUGCUGCUGCCGCUGCUUCAGUGGAAGGUGGCAGUGAUGCUGCUUGGCGCAGCAGCAUGAGCGGUGCGUGCGGGCUGCCUCUGGGUGUAUGCGUGGGCGAGCAGCGGCUGUUAGCGUAUCAGCAUCUAGAAGACGAGCGGGGAGAAGAGGAGGUGGGAGAAGAGGAAGAGGUGGAGAGCCAGGAGGUGGGGGACGAAGGGGCACUGGCUGAGGUGCAAGGGUUGGGAGGGAUGAGAGGGUUGGCAGGGGAGCAAAGGCAAGAGGAGGAGCAGGAGCUGGUGGAGGUGGUGGUGCAUCCCAGCAGCCCACCUGGCGCUGCUGCUGCUGUCACUGCUCCCACAAGCAGCGGGAAGCAGCAGUACCAGGAGGAGCAGGAGCUGGUGGAGGUGGUGGUGCAUUUGAUGAGACCACCUGCUGAUGAUGAUGCUGCUGCUGCUGCUUCGCCUGUUCACACAAGCAGCAGGAAGCAACAGAAUCAAGUCAUCCAGGAGAUGCAGCAGGCGGCGCAGCAGCAGCAGCAGCAGCAGCAGCAGGCGCAGCAGCAGCAGGCGGAGCACGUGACACUGAGUGGGCGAGCGGCAGUGAGGAGCUGCAACAGCUGGCACGUGCUGGCGGCUAGGCGGGCCGCGUGGCUGCAGCAGGGGCGGCAGCAGGGGCGGCAGCAGGGGCGGCAGCAGGGGCGGCAGCAGGGGCGGCAGCAGGCUGUGCAAGGAAGAGAGGGGGGUGAGAGGGGCGGGGAGGUUGAUGGGGAGGGAGCCAAGGAAGGGUGCGUGGAGGAAGUUUGUCAGUGGGAGAGGAGGGAAUCUGUGGCAGGAGGAGCAGCAACAGCAAGAAGGGAGGCAGUGUUGGCAGUGGCAGCAGAAGACAGGCCUCAAACUGUUCGACUGGUGGUUUCUGUUGAGGACACAGGCGAGGGCAUUCCCUUUGCAGCGCAGCGCACUAUCCUCAAGCCAUUCACCCAGGCAGACCCCAGCACAACGCGCACACACGGAGGCACGGGAAUCAGGCUCUCCAUCAGCCGCCAUCUCGUUGACCUCAUGGGGGGACGCCUCUCCUUCUCCUCGCGCCCUGGCCUCGGCAGCACCUUCUAUUUUGACCUCCUCCUGCCCUGCGACCAGCCUCGGCCCGAACCGGUGCCGUUCCUGCAGCCGGACCUGGUUUCCGCUUCGGGAAAGUGUUUCAGUACUAGGAAUGGGGCUGUGGCUGUGAUGGCGGAUGGUGUUGCUCCUGCUGUUGCUGCUGCUGCGGCUGCUGCUGCUGCUGCCACUGAUGUUGGUACUGUGGGUCCUCUGAACGAUUCCUUUCUUUCUCCCUUUGGUUUGGAAGAAAGGGACGGAGCGGUAGCAAGCCUGAGCGCGAUCAAGGAAGCUGUGGUUCGGGCCAGGCUCGGAGCGAUCCUGCUGGACGACCGGCCGGUGAGGCUCGGCGUGCUGGAGAGCCUGCUCAACAGGCUCGGCAUGCCGGUGCUCAACUCCACGUUCGGCCCUGGCUGUGCUGAUGAGGUGCCUCUGUUGCAGCCGGUGGUGGUUUUCGUGGAUCAUGAAUGGCUAGAACGACAACAGCAGGAGGAGGAGGAGGUGAGGGAGGAGGGAGUGGAGAGUGAGGAGGGGGAGGAGGAAACGGAGGAGAGGGAGGAGGAGAGGGAAGAGGAAGAGGAGAUGAAACAGCAGGAGGGGAAGGGUGGGGAGGAGGAGGAGAAGGCAGAGGGGGAGCAUGCAGGGGAGCAUGCAGGGGAGCAUGCAGGGGAGCAUGCAGGGGAGCAUGCAGGGGAGCAUGCAGGGGGAGCAUGCAGGGGAGCAUGCAGGGGAGCAUGCAGGGGAGCAUGCAGGGGAGCAUGCAGGGGAGCAUGCAGGGGAGCAUGCAGGGGAGCAUGCAGGGGAGCAUGCAGGGGAGCAUGCAGGGGAGCAUGCAGGGGAGCAUGCAGGGGAGCAUGCAGGGGAGCAUGCAGGGGAGCAUGCAGGGGAGCAUGCAGGGGGAGCAUGCAGGGGAGCAUGCAGGGGAGCAUGCAGGGGAGCAUGCAGGGGAGCAUGCAGGGGAGCAUGCAGGGGAGCAUGCAGGGGAGCAUGCAGGGGAGCAUGCAGGGGAGCAUGCAGGGGAGCAUGCAGGGGAGCAUGCAGGGGAGCAUGCAGGGGAGCAUGCAGGGGAGCAUGCAGGGGAGCAUGCAGGGGAGCAUGCAGGGGAGCAUGCAGGGGAGCAUGCAGGGGAGCAUGCAGGGGAGCAUGCAGGGGAGCAUGCAGGGGAGCAUGCAGGGGAGCAUGCAGGGGAGCAUGCAGGGGAGCAUGCAGGGGAGCAUGCAGGGGAGCAUGCAGGGGAGCAUGCAGGGGAGCAUGCAGGGGAGCAUGCAGGGGAGCAUGCAGGGGAGCAUGCAGGGGAGCAUGCAGGGGAGCAUGCAGGGGAGCAUGCAGGGGAGCAUGCAGGAAAGCAUGCAGGGGAGCAUGCAGGGGAGCAUGCAGGGGAGCAUGCAGGGGAGCAUGCAGGGGAGCAUGCAGAGGAGCAUGCAGGGGAGCAUGCAGGGGAGCAUGCAGGGGAGCAUGCAGGGGAGCAUGCAGGGGAGCAUGCAGGGGAGCAUGCAGGGGAGCAUGCAGGGGAGCAUGCAGGGGAGCAUGCAGGGGAGCAUGCAGGGGAGCAUGCAGAGGAGCAUGCAGAGGAGCAUAGCAGAGCAGUAG